GUGCCCAUGGGGGGCUCCCCGCUGCUGGAGCUGUCCCCCCACGGGCAUUAACUCCCUCCCCACUGCUUCCCCCAUCCCACAGCACCAGGUUCCACCCCUCGUGCCUCAGUUUCCCACUCCUCGAUCCAACCAACCAGGGCCUGAGCUGACGCCCGCCUCCGCACACCGGGGCGAACGCCCUGUCAUCUUUUCCCCCCGGCUGGGCAGCCCUGACCCUUGAGCCGGCUGCGACGCCAACCCGUUGGCAUCAGCGAGCAAGCCCCUGUUUACCCGCCCCGCAGAUUGGCCGGCGGGGCAGAGGGGCUCGGAACGGGUGGCCUUCGGCUCCAGUGCUGGGUCUCUUCUCCGGGCACCAUGGGCUUCCCAGCCAGGCUCCUGGUCCUGUUGUCCAUCGGGGCCCUGCUGUACCAGCCGAUAACCCGCGGGGACUCAGCCAAGGACAGUCCCUGCUUCCUGGUCCUCCCAGGUGAGGAGGGGGCCCUGAAUAUCGGCCGGCACUGGGGGGACGCCACCCCAGCAGCCACCAUCUUCAUCGACCUGCGCAAGGUGACCAGCGCCGCCUCGUCCUUCGAGUUCCGCACGCUGGACCCCGAGGGGGUGAUCUUUUUCGGGGACAUGGGGGACCACAGCGAUUGGUUCGUCCUGGGGCUGCGGCGAGGGAAGGCCGAGAUGCAGAUCAGCAGUGUCAUGACCAACAUCAGCGUGCGGGGCGGGCAGCGGCUGGACGACGGACAGUGGCACCGAAUGCUGGUGAUGAAUGAGGGGGACAGCGUGCGGCUAGACGUGGAUGGCGACGAGCUGCUGACCCUGGGCCAUGUCUCGUACCCCAUCAUAGAACGCCACGCACCCGAGAUGCGCCUCGCCGUGGGGGGGCUGCUUCUCCCAGCCUCCCACCUGCUGGCCCCGAUGAACACGGCCAUGGACGGCUGCCUGCGGCACUGGAUCUGGCUGAACCAGAGCACAACCUGGCGGGAAGGCGCCGCCCUGCAGGCGAAGGCCAAACCCUGCUUCAGCGCCCUGCGGCCCGGCAGCUUCUUCCCCGGGGCCGGGCUGGCCAGCUUCCGCCCGGCAGACCUGGCUGGCAGUGCUGCGCCCCCCAACGGAAGCUGGGGGCUGCAGGUGGAGCUGGGGCUCCGGGCCCCCCGGCAGACGGGGCUGGUGCUGGCUGUGGGGGCCCCAGACGGGAGUCUGGCACUGACCCUGGCCCUGCAGCCCACGGCCCUGGUGGCGCGUCUGGGUAAUCGGACCGAGCUGCAGCUGCCCCUGCCGGAGGGGCCCUGCCUGGACGCCCCCCUGCGCCUGCGGGUCUCCCCCACCCAGCUGGCCCUGCAGCUGGGCAACCACGGGGACACCCUGCCUGGCCAGCCCCCUGACUUCCAGUGGCUGCAGGAGGCCUGGCUGGGCCAGGAUGGGCGUCUCUUCAUUGGCGGGCUGCCAGAAGGGGGCGAGACCCCCAGGCCCCAGGAGUGGGGGGCCUUCCGGGGCUGCCUGCGGGGGAUCCAGGUGCAAGGCCACCAGCUGGACCUGGACUCGGCCCUGUUCAGGAGCGACACCAUCUGGGCCCACAGCUGCCCCGGCGGCCACGAGGGGGCGGGAGGGGGGAGCUGAGCUGGGGGCAACGGUGCUGCUUAAAGGGUCUGCCGGGCGACGCCCCCUCCCUCGUUACCUGGCCACCACCACCGGUGGUGGGACGGUGUAUGUGGCCGGGGGUGUAGGAGUGGUGGUGACCUGUGCUGGUGUGGGGCUGUGACUGGGGGGGAGGGGCUGUGGCUGGGAGCGAGUGUGCGGCUGUGCUGGUGU